CCCGCGGCCGCCAGAGCGAGCCGAGCGCCGUCCUCGUUGUCGUCGUCGGGGAGGCGGAGAGCGCGGAGAGGCGGCGCGGCAUGGAGCCUCCGCUCUGAGCUCCGCUCCGUCGUCGUGGAAGAGGCAGGCAGGCAAGAUGCUGCCGGCGGAGCGGCGGGCGGCGCCUCCGCCUCGCGGGGACUGAGGAGCAGGGCGGCGGCGGCAGGACGGGCGGACGGAGCCGUGAGAGCGCACGGAGCGCGGGAGCUGCUGCUGCUGCCUUGGCGGAGCCGCCGCCGGUCCCGGGGACGAUUUGCCUGCCAUGAUCGCCGCCGGCGUGCUCUGCCUCUUCCUCUGCCUGGACAAGAUGUUGCACACCUGGGCUGCUUCCUCCUCGAUGACCACCCAGGACUUCCACACCUGGCGGAUCCCUGUGGACUGUGUCCGCGCCAACGAGCUGUGUGCGGCCGAGCCCAGCUGCAGCUCCCGUUACCGCACGCUGCGCCAGUGUGUGGCGGGGCGUGACCGCAACACCAUGCUGGCCAACAAGGAGUGCCAGGCAGCGCUGGAGGUGCUACAGGAGAGCCCCCUCUACGACUGCCACUGCAAGCGCGGGAUGAAGAAGGAGCUCCUGUGCCUUCAGAUCUACUGGAGUAUACACCUUGGCUUGACAGGGGGAGAAGAGUUUUAUGAAGCUUCCCCCUACGAACCAGUCACCUCUCGUCUCACUGAUAUAUUCAGACUCGCUUCAAUUGUCUCAGGGAUGGAUUCGACUGCCAAUGCCAAAAGCAACCACUGCCUCGACGCGGCCAAAGCCUGCAACCUGAACGACAAUUGCAAGCGCCUCCGCUCGAGCUACAUCUCCAUCUGCAACAAGGAGAUCUCCUCCACCGAGCGCUGCAACCGCCGCAAGUGCCACAAAGCCCUGCGCCAGUUCUUUGACCGCGUGCCCCACGAGUACACCUACCGGCUGCUCUUCUGCUCCUGCAGGGACCAGGCGUGCGCCGAGCGACGCCGGCAGACCAUCGUCCCCCAUUGCUCCUACGAGGACAAGGAGAAGCCCAACUGCCUGGAGCUCCGCAGCCUGUGCAGGUCGGACCCCCUCUGCCGGUCAAGGCUGGCAGAUUUCCACACGAAUUGCCAAGCCUCUUUCCAGUCACUGACCAGCUGCCCUGGGGACAAUUACCAGGCUUGUCUUGGUUCCUACGCAGGCCUAAUAGGGUUGGAUAUGACACCCAACUAUGUCGACUCCAGCACUGCCAACCUCGUCGUGUCCCCGUCGUGCUCCUGCCGGGGCAGUGGCAACAUGGAGGAAGAGUGUGAGAAGUUCCUGAAGGACUUCAUGGAAAACCCCUGCCUGCGAAAUGCCAUCCAGGCUUUUGGCAACGGCACGGACCGGCCUCUCCCGCCGAUUCAACACAUCACCUUGCCGCCCAAGAUGGAGACAUCAACAUAUGACGCCAAUGACAGCAACACCAUCUACGACACAGGUGUGACCACCACUUCAGCCUCCAUCCAGAAGUCGCUGACCACAGACAUGAUCCCGGAACAGAAGACGUUUGUGGACACAGUGGAUCUGGCAUCCGGCCUGCUGUCCCAGGGACCCUCUUUGCUCUCCCUCUCCUCCUUUUGAUAGCGGCAUUAUAGAAGAAAAGAGGGAUGAGUGCUCUGAGGGGGUGGGGGAAGGCGCAGCCCAAACUUUUGCGCAUGCAGAGAUGGACAAAGACACCUUGAAAACGUUUCCUUCGGCCGUUUGGCCUUCCGGAGUCUCUGCUUUCGAAAAGGCACGGCGGCAAGUUUUGCGGGAGCUUUGACAGGACAAUUUCCCCCAGGAAAUCCGUGCUGAGGGAGCACUUAAACGCCGGGAAUUCUGCAUACUCAAAGAAGGGUUUUUUUCCGCUUUGUGUUUCUUUUUGGUUUGAAGUGUCUAGAGCAAGAGUCCGAGUCUCCCAUUGUGUCCAAAUACAUCCAUGUUUGAAGGGGGUCGCAAAUGGCGUUUCAAAGAAGCGCGCUUGCUUUUGCAAGCGGUUGGAGAAUCUCGCGGAGGCUGACUCUGGACGGAGAGACUGAGCCAAUUGUGGCUUAUGCGCCUUAGUUUGCCAAACUGCUUUGCAGGGCAAGAGACAGCUAUGUCCCUUCCCCCCUGUCCCCCCAGUUUCCAUACCAUUCCUUUUUGCUGCUUGGGAAAAAAACACACACACACAACUGUUUCCUUCCUCCCCUCAGCCAAGCUUGGCUUCCGUCACCCACAGAAGUGUCUUAACUUUCUCCUCUUGAAGCAGAAGGUGGAGAAGAUGUUUGUGCAGCUGGUGGGGGGCAGGGGGGCCCUCCAGGAGUGCAAGGAGCACUGUGAAAUGAGCGGCAACACCCCAUGAUUUUCUAGGCCUUCAGGACAGCCUUCCUGAUAGCAAACCCAGUCAAGUCUCAUGGUGGAACAAAAAGCGUAUCGGACAGGUUCAGAGGAGAUACCCCGUUCUGCUGUUUCUUCUGAUUCCCUUCCUCUCUCUUUUCUAGGAUUUUUGCUGUCCAAGAGGUGAAACUUCUCCUCUUCUCAAGGUUGCCCCAAUGUCACUUUGGGUUCCUGAUGGAUGGAAGCAGCCAUAGCUGGCAACCAGCAUUCAUUGCUCUCCUUUGAUCCUAGGCAUAUCUAGCAUAUGUAUAUCAAGAGAGACCUGCUUCUUUAUAUACCGUAUUUUUUGCUCUAUGACUCACCUUUUCCCUCCUAAAAAGUAAGGGGAAAUGUGUGUACGUCUUAUGGAGCGAAUGCAGGCUGCGCAGCUAUCCCAGAAGCCAGAACAGCAAGAGGGAUUGCUGCUGCGCAGCGAUCCCUCUUGCUGUUCUGGCUUCUGAGAUUCAGAAUAUUUUUUUUCUUGUUUUCCUCCUCCAAAAACUAGGUGCGUCUUGUGGACUGGUGCGCCUUAUAGAGCGAAAAAAUACGGUACAUAUGGAUAUACGUAACCAAACACAUAACCUGGAUAGGGUUCCUUUAGCUUUCCUGUCUUCUUUUUUAAGGGUCAAAACCACAACAAAAAUGUAUUAUUGUAAAGUUUUUUUCUCCAAUUAUUAUUUAACCAAUGUCUACAACAGGGAACAAAAUAUCUCUGCCCUCCAUGUGCAAGAUGACCUCCUCCAGAGCCCUGGGGCUGGUGGGGGCAUUGGCAAGAGGAGAGCGGUUGGGAGUGCUUAACCAGUAUCUAAAAUAAACAUACCAAGAAGCAAA